AUACCUCAGCAAAUACAAACAAAAUAGUAGGUCUUAAUAAAAACUAUGUUGAACAACCAAAACAAACAGAACAUAUGCUACAAAAUAAUCAUGUGGAAUAUGAUAACAACAAAACACAAGAUAUAAGUUAUGUGACUAAAGAAGCAGGUAUCCAACUAAGACCAAGACAAUGGUCAGAAUUUAUAAAAAAUCCUUAUACUGAGAAACUUAGUCUAGAAAUGAAUCUUGAUAAUAAGAAAACAGAGCAACCAAAAGCAGAAAUUGAAGCUAAUGAAACAAUACAAAAGGAAAUUGCAUUAAAUAUACAAGAAAAUGGUCUAUAUGAUCCAAUAGCAUUAUUAUAUAAUGAUAUGCCAAUGGUUAUGAUGUUAACAAACACUAAACAAGAAGAUACUGAUAGGUCUUUAACUUAA